GAGGCGGGGGCGGCGGGACGGCCGCAGGCCUGGCCGGCCGGGGGAUGUCUAUGCCUGACGCGAUGCCGCUGCCCGGGGUCGGGGAGGAGCUGAAGCAGGCCAAGGAGAUCGAGGACGCCGAGAAGUACUCGUUCAUGGCCACCGUCACCAAGGCGCCCAAGAAGCAAAUCCAGUUUGCUGAUGACAUGCAGGAGUUCACCAAAUUCCCUACCAAGACUGGCCGGAGAUCUUUGUCUCGCUCCAUCUCUCAGUCCUCCACUGACAGCUACAGCUCAGCUGCAUCCUACACAGACAGCUCUGAUGAUGAGGUCUCCCCCCGGGAGAAACAGCAAACAAACUCCAAGGGCAGCAGCAACUUCUGUGUGAAGAACAUCAAGCAGGCAGAAUUCGGACGCCGAGAGAUCGAGAUUGCGGAGCAAGACAUGUCUGCUCUGAUUUCACUCAGGAAACGUGCUCAGGGGGAGAAGCCCUUGGCUGGUGCUAAAAUAGUGGGCUGUACACACAUCACGGCCCAGACAGCGGUGUUGAUCGAGACGCUGUGUGCCCUGGGGGCCCAGUGCCGCUGGUCUGCCUGCAACAUCUACUCAACUCAGAAUGAAGUGGCUGCAGCACUGGCUGAGGCUGGAGUCGCAGUGUUUGCUUGGAAGGGCGAGUCGGAAGAUGACUUUUGGUGGUGCAUUGACCGCUGUGUGAACAUGGAUGGGUGGCAGGCCAACAUGAUCCUGGAUGAUGGGGGAGACUUAACCCACUGGGUUUAUAAGAAGUAUCCAAACGUGUUUAAGAAGAUCCGAGGCAUUGUGGAAGAGAGCGUGACUGGUGUUCACAGGCUGUAUCAGCUCUCCAAAGCUGGGAAGCUCUGUGUUCCAGCCAUGAAUGUCAAUGAUUCUGUUACCAAACAGAAAUUUGAUAACUUGUACUGCUGCCGCGAAUCCAUUCUGGAUGGCCUGAAGAGGACCACAGAUGUGAUGUUUGGUGGGAAACAAGUGGUGGUGUGUGGCUAUGGUGAGGUGGGAAAGGGCUGCUGUGCUGCUCUCAAGGCCCUUGGAGCGAUUGUCUACAUCACAGAAAUCGACCCCAUCUGCGCCCUGCAGGCCUGCAUGGAUGGGUUCAGGGUGGUAAAGCUAAAUGAAGUCAUCCGGCAAGUUGACGUCGUAAUAACUUGUACAGGAAACAAGAAUGUGGUGACGCGGGAGCACUUGGACCGCAUGAAAAACAGCUGCAUCGUGUGCAAUAUGGGCCACUCCAACACGGAGAUCGACGUGACCAGCCUCCGCACUCCGGAGCUGACGUGGGAGCGAGUGCGUUCCCAGGUGGACCAUGUCAUCUGGCCGGAUGGCAAACGCGUCGUCCUCCUGGCAGAGGGUCGUCUGCUCAAUUUGAGCUGCUCCACAGUCCCCACCUUUGUUCUGUCCAUCACAGCUACGACACAGGCUCUGGCACUGAUAGAACUCUAUAAUGCACCUGAGGGCCGAUACAAGCAGGACGUGUACUUGCUUCCCAAGAAAAUGGAUGAGUACGUUGCCAGCUUGCACCUGCCAUCAUUUGAUGCCCACCUGACAGAGCUGACAGAUGACCAAGCUAAAUAUCUGGGACUCAACAAAAACGGGCCAUUCAAACCCAACUACUACAGAUACUAACGGACCAAUGACCUGUCCACGUGACCCAUUCAACUCUGAAAGAAAUAUUUUUUAAGAUGACUCUUAUUUUACUCUUUUUCCUUCUCUAUUGAUUUUUUUCCCUAUCAUUUCAUUCUCAUGUUUUCAUCUCAUUAUCCAAGUUCUGCAGACCACACGGGAACUUGCUUCAUGGCUCUUUAGAUGAAACUGAGGUUCGAGGUUCUUCACCCUCGUCACUAAGAAAGCUUUUACUUUCCCAUCCCAGAAAGGUGGUUCUCCCUUUACCAUUUCUGGGGACUCCCGUCUUAAUUAGGUACCUUACUAACAGGAAAUACUAAGGUACCUUGUAUGUGGAACAAUCUGCAAUGUCUAAAUUGCCUUAAAAGAGCCCGUUUCUUAGCUGCUGAAAUCAGUGCUCUUUCACUUCCUCAGAGGAGCAGGGAUGCUGCCUGCCAGUCGGUAGGCUAGGUGCAGGUGGUGCAUGUUAAUUUCCCUUAGAAGUCCCAAAUCUUGUUUCCUGUGUGAAGGUGGUUUGUCUGGUUCCGAGAUGUGCUAUUAGUGAGUGUUGCUUGUUGGAAUCCACUCGGCCCACUUGGAUUUAGAGUGCAGCCAUUCCGUCACUCCUGCCUCACUCUCAUUUAGCUAAUUCUUAACUAGACUACAUUCUGUUAAGUUGGAUUUUUGUCCCUUAGCAUUUAUUUGUGUUGUAUUAAAAAUAAUAAGGAAACUUCUUAGUGUUAACACUGAGGAACUACUUGGGGGGUUAGUUGUUACCAGUUUCUUUUUUGAAUCUUUGGAGCCAAGAGUACAGAGGUGAGUCCAGAGACAUGCUAGUCUCAAACUUGAAGUCCCUCUGUUCCUAGCCCAUGGUUUAUAGCACCAGUGAACUGGAGCCAUAACAGCAACUUCUCUCAGCUCUGCCCCCUACAGCUUGCGCUGAAGGCAAACUUCUUGAGCCAUUACUCAGUGUAAAGCACUGAGCUUUAUCUUUAGGAUUUAUCUUUUAAGAGCAAAUUGCUGGCCUGCUGAGCUUCUGUAACCUAAACUAUUUCAAGGGAGGUAGGCGUGGCUGUUGAAGGGAAGAAUGACAGACUGGGUCAGGUGAGAGAGAUCUAGCUCUGUGUAACUCUCCUAGGGCCCUAGGCGCUCAAUGGUGUGAGCUUCACAGAGGUGAACCAAGUCAAAUCUUAAAGUGGAGAGAAAGGAUUCCGUGCGUCCUGGCUCAUGUUCCGGAAGAAUCUUCAGAGAGCGCUGUCCAAGGUCAGAGACGCGUUCCCGUGCCAUGCGCCCGCUUCCCAGCAUUUCUGCAUGGUCCAGUGAGCUUUAAGUAUAUAUCUUUAACCCAGGAUUUGAAGUCCUCAAUGUGUUCUAGCUUGUGAUCCUUCAAAGUUGGGUCAUGCGUUAGUGCUAGAUAGUAGAAGUUUUCACUUCUCUCUUUCCACCGAUCAGAGAAACAGACAUUAAAAACAGGAAUAUACAAAAGGAAAGCCUUCGCCUGCCACUUGCCAGCAGGGGACAGUUAUCUUGCCAAAACAUUUUUCCCUUUCCCCUCCCAUUUCUCCCCUCCCAGGCCCUUCUCACUCCUUGCCAGUGUGACCAUGCUUUCUUCUCUGUAGAUGCUGACAGUGGAAGCCCUAUUUCCUAGGGCACUGAAGCAGCCAAUCAGAAUACACACCCAUUAGGGGAGGUAACCUGGCCAACAGUGUAUCCAUUGCAUCAGCUCUGCUGGAGGGAGGGGCGCAGAGCCCACUGCCCUCUGGCCUGCCCCCUUCCCAUUUCUAUUACUGUGUCCAUAGGAAUAAUAGGUAAGGGCUCCGUCUCUGUCAAGCCGUGUCACAAAGGACACUGUGGAAAAUGUAUGGCAUCAGAGGGAGCGUGUGGCGAGCACCCUGGGAGGAACAAGUUCAUUUUGUAUUGAAUGAUUUUUAAUGAAUGCAAUAUUAAUCCUUGCAGAUGAGCAAUAAUCAUUAAAGUCAAUUAAAAUGAUGAGACCUUA